AUGAAGCAGAAAAACAGCACAGAAUUCCAGGAAUUCAUCCUCCUGGGAUUUCCAGCUAUGAUGGAACUUCAGAUGUUGCUCUUUGUGGUAUUCCUGGUGGCCUACAUGCUGACCAUCUUGGAAAAUUUACUCAUCAUUAUCUUGAUAAAGAUAAACCACCAGCUUCACAAGCCCAUGUAUUUCUUUCUCUGCAACCUCUCCUUCCUGGAGGUUUGGUUCACCUCAGUCACUGUCCCCAAACUGCUAGCCAAUUUCCUUGUUGAAAGCAAGAAUAUAUCUUUUGGAGGCUGCAUGACCCAGCUUUACUUCUUCAGCUCCUUUAUUUGCACCGAGUGUGUCCUCCUUGCUGUCAUGGCUUAUGAUCGUUAUGUGGCCAUCUGUAAUCCUCUGAUGUAUCCAGUCAUCAUGAACCACCGGCUCUGCAUCCAGCUAGCCGCAUGCUCCUGGCUCAUUGGUUUCUCGGCCUCCAUGCUGAAAGUUGUUUUCAUCUCUCAGCUGUCUUUCUGUGGCUCCAAUGUCAUCAACCAUUUCUUCUGUGACAUCAGCCCCUUGCUGAACAUGUCGUGUGCUGACAUGACAACAGCUGAAAUAGUAGAUUUCAUCCUGGCCUUGCUUAUCUUGCUGAUUCCCCUCUCCAUCAUGAUUAUCUCCUAUGUAUGCAUCAUCAGCACCAUCCUGAAUAUCCCCACUACCCAGGGCAGGGAGAAAGCCUUCUCCACCUGUGUUUCUCACCUCACUGUAGUCAUUAUCUUCUUUUCAGCCACUCUGUUCAUGUAUGCCCGGCCCAAGAGAAUCCACCCUUUUGACUUAAACAAGCUGGUGUCAGUUGCAUACACUAUUGUGACUCCCAUGCUCAAUCCCUUCAUUUACUGUCUAAGGAACCAGGAGGUUAAGGAGGCUUUGAAGAAGAUCUUCAGACUGUCCUCCAGUAAGAUAGUUCCUUAG